GAUAUGCACAUGCUGAGUCAGAUGGACUUAUGCAGCUCUCGCUUCUCUACUUCCGUCUCCUCCAAACAUUCUUCUUCCUCAAUGCAUGGCAAUGAUGGAAAUGGCGCACGCAAAUGAGCCCUGAGGCCCAUCUGCCCAUCCCUUACGGAUUAGUUACGGCCGAAUCGGUCCUCCGAUGUCAGAUCCGGCCUCGACACCUCACACCUCCUCGUAAUCAGUCCGAUGGGGUUGGGUGUGGAUCCGGUGGAUCUCAAACUACUUACCGUCCGGCACCGGCCUUGUUCAUCGCUUGUUUUCUGGUUCUCGUCUCAUUCUCCGCGGCCAAAAUGGACCUUCUUUUCGCUCGAUUUCUCAUCGGGGAUUUUUUUUACCCUUUCUUUUUUUGUAUUUCAUUUUAUUAUUUUUUGCCUCUCGCCUAAUCAUCAUUAUUAUUCCUAGACUAUGGUAUAGUCUGAUUUUAGGGGAUUUUUGUAUCG